ACAAUCGCCAUCUGUUGGUCGAAGACAGUCACUUCCCGUUAGACAAAGACACUUAACAAUUCUGCCUGUUAGCUCGUUAACCACCAACGAUGAAAUGGAUAUUUUUGAUACAGAGCAGUUGGUCGGUCAGAGAAGAACUUUCACGCAUGAAGAACUGUCCUUAUCCCUUUAUCUACCACCAUCUUAUGAUAUUGCUACUGCCCAAGAAUCGUCAAAUGUGAGG